AUGUCUUCCUCCGAGCAAACUUUCAUCGCUAUCAAGCCUGAUGGCGUGGCCCGAGGCCUCAUCAGCCCUAUCAUCGGCCGUUUCGAGCAGAAGGGAUUCAAGUUGGCCGCUAUCAAGGUAUUUCAAGUGAAGAUUUCCUCUCCCGGCCAGGAGCACCUCGAGAAGCACUACGCUGACCUCAGCGACAAGCCUUUCUUCAGAGGUCUCGUCACUUACAUGAACUCUGGCCCCAUCUGCGCCAUGGUCUGGGAGGGCCGUGAUGCCGUCAAGACCGGCCGUACCCUCCUCGGUGCCACCAACCCCGCUGCCUCCGCCCCUGGCACCAUCCGUGGCGACUUCGCCAUUGACGUCGGCCGCAACGUCUGCCACGGUUCCGACACCGUCGAGAACGCCAAGAAGGAGAUCGAUCUCUGGUUCAAGAAGGACGAGCUCAACUCCUGGAAGCUCCCCCAGGCCGACUGGAUCUACGAGAAGCCUUAA